UGCUUUUCUCAGUUCUCAGUUCUAUUUUUCCUGCACCCGCUUUAGUCAUGUUGGAUUUACCUUUCUAUUUUAUGUAUAAAUGCAGUUGCAGACAGUUGUGCAGUCUAAGCCACACAGUUACAGUUUGAUUUUAACCGUAUCCGUUUGUGGACUUUGUGCUCGAUUUCUUUUUUCUGUUUCCUGUUUGUGUCUCACUGCUUCCCUCAGAUCUCCCUCAGCAGCCUUUUCCUGCAUUACUCAAACAAAAGUUUCAUUUCUUGGUCAUGGAUGAUUUCGUAAGAACCAAACUGGUUGAAUGGGGGCUAAGUGAGUGGGUGGAAAAAUUUAAAGAUGAACAAAUCGAUUCUGAAAGUCUGUGUGAGCUUGAUGAUCAAGAAAUUAAUAAUUUGAUCACAAAAGCUGGACCAAGAGUGAAAUUCAAGAAGAACCUCAAGCUGUUAAAGGAAGAAAAAAACACAAAUCAAGAAACAGUCAUUUCUUUUCAAUGUCAACAGGAGCAUGAAGAUGUAGCUGAUGUGGUUCAGUGUGAACAGGAGCAUGAAGAAGCAGCUGAUGUGGUUCAGGUCUUUCCAGCCACAAGUGAUACAGGAAAAAGAAAAUCAGACCUUGAAAGUGAUGCUAGCAGGUUGCAGUCACCAGCUAAGCGACAGUGUCAGUCAAUGCCAGGAUUUGAAGAACCAACCAUACUAUCUAAUGUGAAAAACAUCAUGGCAUUUGUACAUUCCAGACUAAAUGAGCAAGACAAACUCAGUGCUUUCUUAAAGAAAAAGAUCAGUGAUUUGGAGAUAAAGAAGAGGGAGCUGGUUGGUGUCUUUGGUAAAACUGGGGCUGGAAAGAGCUCUUUGAUAAAUGCCAUCAUCAAAGAGAAGAAUCUUUUACCCUCAGGAAGCAUCAAUGCAUGCACGUCAGUCAUGAUCAAAGUGGAAGCUAACAAACACAGCUCAAACUAUGAGGCAGAAAUUGAGUUCAUCACAAAGGAGGAGUGGAACGAAGAGUUGUGGUCAUUUCAUCAGUUUCUUGACAAUAAUAAAAAUCAGGAAAAGGAAGAUGAUGAUUAUCAUGAUGCUGUUGAAAAGCUGUCAACACUGUAUGGAGAAGAAUGGAAAGAAAAGUCCUUUGAAAACCUCAUGGACCGCAAAUAUUUCAAAGAAAUUCCAGAAUUUCUCCAAUCCAGGCGGAAGAUGUUGACAUGUGAAUCAGCUAAUGAACUCUCUGCAAAAUUUGUCAAGUACACAAGAAGUGAUUCAAAACAAGAAGAAGGUGAUGAAGGAAAAAAGUGUUUUUGGCCACUAGUGAAGUGUGUGACUGUCAGGGUGCCAAACAGGCCUCUUCUCCAGCAUGUGACACUUGUGGACCUCCCUGGAAAUGGUGACUGUAACAAGAGCAGAGAUCAGAUGUGGAAAGGGAUAGUUGGAGAUUGUUCUAUUGUGUGGAUUGUGACUGAAAUUAAUCGAGCAGCAUCAGAGAAAGCAGCCUGGGGGAUCCUGGAAAGUGUCAGUAGUCUGAUUGGAAAUGGUGGCGAAUGUCAGCAAAUUCAUUUUAUUUGCACCAAGUCUGAUCUUGUUGAUGAUUCAGAUGAUCUUUCAUCAGCUGAUAUCCAUGAUCGAAUAGUUAAAAGAAACAUUCAAGUCAAGGAUGGAGUAAGAAAAGAAUUCAACAAGAGAAGCAAGAUUAAGACACACUUCACUGAUGACAGUUUCAAAGUGUUCACAGUGAGCUCCAAAGAGUUCCUAAAAGGGAAGCAUCUAAGUUCAGAAGAGACUGAAAUAACCAAACUUAAAGGAUUUUUGCAAGAUCUCAAUGACUGUUACUCAGAGACAGUAAACUACGUGAGUGGAGCUUAUGGGAUUCUAUCUUUGAUUGAAGGUGCCAGGUGCAGAAAAGAGGGUGUUGGAAAAGCAGAUGAUGUAUGUAAAGUUCUCGAGAAAAACAUGACAGAACAACUUGAUCAAGUCAAAAGAGCAGUUGAUGAAGCGAUCAAGGAUUUUGAACAAUGUCUUACAGAAGGCGUUAAAAAUUCCAAAACCUCUGAAGAAAAACUGAAAUCCUUUUUGGACCGUGAUAAACAGCCUAGUUUUUUUAAGACACUACAGGCUGUGGUUAGAAAAGACGGCAUCCACAAAACAAAAAAAGGGGAACACAUAAAUCUCAACACAGUAUUAGCUUCAUGCUUGACUGACAGCAUUGAUGAAAAAUUCAGAAAGACCUUCCCAAAUGAUGUUAAAGGCGGAUCUUUCAAUGGAGUCAUCAGUAGAUUUUCACUUGACACAAAUUCGCUGAUUCAAAAAUACCAAGAUGUCAAACUGCAGCUGAUAUUUCUCCAGACAGAGGAGGAUAAAAUUAAGACAAAACUCAACAAAAUAAUCCUAAAGGGGAAGAAAAUCAUCUACAACAGUCUAACAGAGGCAAUUGAGAAAAACAUGAAAAAGUGCUAUGAAGAUGCACGAAAAAUUUCAGGGAAUGGUGCGCUGAAAAAAAUGAGGAAGACUAUUGAGACACAUGUAUCCUUAAAUAGGAACAUGUAUGAGGACGCAAAAAAGACCAUGUUGGAGAAGAUGAAUGAACUGAUGAUGAUCAUCUGUAAGGAACUAAAGGAGACCAUGGACCACUCCAUUAAACUCUCACUCAAGGCAUCAGCUUUGAGUGAGAGUCUCCCGGAUGUUUCAGAGCAUCUUGAAACUGUGCAGCAACAUUACAAUGAAGGUAAGGGCAGUCAAGAGGGAGACAUAACAUCAUAGUAGCCAGAUUUGCUCCACACAGUAACAGCAGAAACCUGAUGACCCACUCAACAUCUCUGAGGGAACACUGACCAAAAGCAUGAGGUCUCUGGAUAUCGCCACAGAUAUUUCUGUAAUGUUGUGUUUGACUUUUAAUGAAUUUGAUGAAAUUUGAUUUUUCAGUCCUCACUGCAAGAAGGUCCUGGGUUUGAAUCCAGUUUGUGGCUUUUCUGUGUGGACUUUGCAUGUUCUUCCUGUGUCUGUGUGGGUGCUCUCUGUGUACUCCAACUUCUUCCCACAGGCCAAAAACAUGCGUGGGGGUUAGGUUAAUUGGUGAUCUUGGAUAUAGAUGUGCAUGUGAGCAAGAAUGAUAGUUAGCUGUGUGACACAGUUAUUAUAGUUUUGUAUUUUGUCAUUAAUUUUUAUUUUAUUUCAUUUUGACUUUUUGUUUUUAUUUCAUGUUUCAGUAAGUUUCAAGACUGUUCUUAUUUUCAAUUUAUUAUUGUUUGAAAAUGUUUAGUUUUAGUUCAGUUUUGUCAGAGGCAAAAUUACGAAAACCAGUAGAAACAAUAGGAAUGUUUCACUUUUUGAAAACAGUUGACCCACUUGUCUUGUACAUGUCCAGUGUCUCAAACACGUCCAUCAAUAACAUGUCAGGCACAUUGUAAUAACAUUUUUACCAAACUAACAAAUACUGAAACUAAGGCUAUUUCCUCUAUAAACUGAUUUGUAUUUCAAAUGAGGUCAUUUAAUCAUUUCUGUUGAUUAUUGUUUUUAUUUUGUUUAACUAAAAUAUUCAUAUCUAGUCUUAGUUUUUACUUUAGUUUUAUUUGAGUGGAAUAACCUUAGCAAGCUCUUCAGGGUGUACUCUGCCUUUUGCAUGACAACUGGGAAAGAGUUCCAGCAACCCCGAAUUGGAUAAGCAAAAGGAUGAAAAUUUUUAAGCAUGAAUUCCUCUCAGGGGUAUUAAGGUUUUUAAGAUUUUAGUUGUUAGGGUCUAAACCAAAAGGGCAGCACUCUGUCCAAAAAUGUUUUGAUGUCUAUUUUCUCCAUUUUGUUGUAUUUGGUCAUUAUUUGUAGACCCUAGUUAUACAGAAAAUUAUACAGCGGUAGAACUACAAUGUUACAGAUUUUAAUUUUAGUGCUUUACAGGAAUACUGUGAUAUUCAGACUCUUUCCAGUUUUAAGGAUUCAAUUUAAGUAAAUUUAAAGAUUUAUUUUCUUGAUGUAUUUGUCAGUUUUAUUCUUAAACUUCUAUAGAACAUGACUUAUGUAUACCACUUUACUUAUAUUUCUAACAUAAAUAUGAAUUUACUCUAAUACAAUGGUUUCUUUGGUUGUCACAUGAGUAAUAAAGCAGCAGCAAAAAAA